AUGGCAGAAACUGCAGUGUCAUUUGUUUUGCAAGAACUAGGCCAAUUUGUAAUAAAAGAAAGUUGCAAAUUUGCAGUAGAAGAAAGAGCUUCGGUAGCGGGGAUUGAAAGAGACUUCAAUGACAUCAAAGAUGAACUUGAGAACAUCCAUGCUUUCCUCAAGGAUGCAGAUAGAAAGGCUUCUGAUGAUGGCGGAGGAGGAGGAGGAGGAUCCAAUGGAGUCAAAACAUGGGUGAAGCAGGUGAGAGAAGCGUCUUUUCGGAUAGAAGAUGUCAUUGAUUACUACAAUAUGUAUUUGGCAGAGAAGGCAAGUCAAUCUAUAUUCAAAUCUGCGAUCCAAAUGAUUCCGGGCUUGAACACUAUCAUGAAUACAGAUCAUCAGAUUGUUUCUGAGAUUCGAGACAUCAAGAUGUCACUUGCUAGAAUCAAAGAAAGAAGUACGAGGUUUGAGUUUCGGUCUGACAAUGAAGCGGGAAGCCAUAGAGGGACUAAAGCUCCUAGAAUUGGCGACCCUCGAAUGGCUCCGUAUUUCAUUGAAGAGACUCAAGUUGUAGGGUUUGAAUCCGCGCGAGAUGAGUUGGUCAGAUGCUUGGUGGAGGGAAACAAGGAGCUCAUGUUGGUUGUUGUGUUUGGCAUGGGAGGACUCGGGAAAACUACUCUCGCAAAGCAUGUUUUUGAUAACCAGAUAGUGAAAAGUAGCUUCGAUUGUAGAUCUUUCAUCACGGUUUCUCAAACAUACACUAUCAGAGAGCUGUUGACAGAAAUGAUAAAGAAGUUUUGCAAGGACAGCAAUGAGCCUAUUCCGAGGGGUCUGCAGAAGAUGGAUGACGAAGCGUUGAUUAAUCAAGUGAGACAAUACCUUGAGUCGAAAAGGUACUUGGUUUUAUUCGAUGAUGUUUGGAAAGAUAAUUUUUCCGAUGAGAUUGUACAUGCCUUAAUUAGUAAUAACAAAGGAAGCAGAAUCAUUGUGACAACUAGAAAAAUGCAAGUAGCAGAAUAUUCUAAGAGCUCUUUUCCUGUUCAUGUUCAUGAGCUACAACCUUUGUCUCCAAACAAAGCAUGGGAGCUGUUUUGCAACAAGGCGUUUAGAGGGCGGUGUCCAACAGAACUCGAGGAGAUGUCCAGAGAAAUCGUUCAAAAAUGCGGAGGGCUGCCACUAGCAAUUGUGGCCAUCGGUGGUCUUUUGUCAACAAAAGCCAAAACCAUGUUCGAGUGGGAAAAGGUGAGUCGAAAUCUGAGAAUGGAGCUAGAUCGCAACGUGCAUUUAACUAGUCUAGUAAAGAUUUUAUCUCUUAGUUAUGAUGACUUGCCUUACCGUUUGAAAUCAUGCAUGCUAUACUUCGGUAUAUAUCCUGAGGACUACACGAUCAAUCGGAAGAGACUUACUAGACAAUGGAUGGCCGAAGGGUUUGUUAGGCACGAGGAGGGAAGAACUUUGGAGGAAGCUGCUGAAGAGUGCCUGACAGAGUUGAUACAAAGAAGUUUGGUUAAUGUUUCGAGAGGUGGCUUUGAUGGAAAAGUCAAGAGUUGCCAAGUCCAUGAUUUGUUGCGCGAAGUGAUCAUUAGAAAAAUGAAAGAUUUAAGCUUCUGUCAUUUAUGCCAUAAAGAUGACGAACAAGUCACUGUCGGAAUAACUAGACGCUUUUCUAUAGCAGCUAUCUCCAACAACGACGUGACAAACACUAGCAACUCAGGAAUUCGUGCUAUAUUUGUUUUCGACAAAGGUGAAUCUCCUAAAAAGCUCAUGGAUGGAUUAGCCACCAAGUUCAAGCUUCUGAAAGUGCUUGAUUUUGAGAAUUCUUUGUUGAAUUCUAUUCCUGAUAACUUGGGGAAUCUUUUCCAUCUAAGGUACUUGAACCUGAGUCAUACGCAAGUUACCGUUCUUCCCAAAUCCAUCGGUAUGCUAGUCAACUUAGAAACCUUGGAUCUAAGGCAAACACCAGUGCAUGAGUUACCAAAAGAGAUAAACAAGCUCACAAAGCUAAGGCUUCUUCCGGCGUAUUAUAGAAAAUACGAAGGGCAUUAUGCUAUGUUGAACUUUACAAUCGGAGUGAAAAUGCAAAAAGGUAUUGGAAGCUUGAAAUCCUUACAAAAACUUUACUUUUUGGAAGCAGAUCACGGUGGAAACGACCUUAUCCAAGAGCUCAAAAAGUUGAAACAGUUAAGAAAGUUAGGCAUAAAGCAUUUUUCCGAUGGCUAA